UGGCUGUAUAUAAAACAAUCUCAGCGAUUUGUCGAUGUAUUUAUUGUUUCAGAUUUGCAGCGCUCUCAAAACAUGAAGUCGGCAUUAAUAUUAAUACUGCUCGUGAUAACUGACUCCGCACUGACUGACGGUGACGAGGAUGAUACUGGUACCACGACACCUCCACCUACAAAUAUUCCACCCCCACCUCCACCAUCAAACGAUAAAAAGCCUAGAAACGAAAGUGUUAUCGAUUUUUUCCUGACAAAUCAAAAAACAACGAAAUUAAGCUACGAAGAGGACAAUGAUUACUGGAUAGCAAAUUUUGAUGGUACCUGUAAAACAAUCAUCAUAAUCCCUGGGUAUCUAACUGGAAAAUUGAAAGUAUUUGAUGAUCUGAUAGAUGCCUACAUGAAACUUGACGAGUGUUAUAAUUUGAUAUUCUGUCACUGGCCAUCUUCCUACGAUCCUGAUUAUAUUUCCGCAGCACAGAGUACUUAUGACGUUGGAGAUAUCAUCGGUCAACAUAUAUUAGACUGGUUUGGAAAGGGAAUACUCCAAGGAUAUAUUGAAUUAAUUGGGCAUGGUUUAGGGGCACAUAUAGCUGGAUGUGCUGGUAGGACCACGUCAGUUGUGUUGCCAGUAGAUGUCAUCACUGCGUUAGACCCAGUUGCUGAAUUUUUUACUGAUGGAUAUCUAGCUUUUGAGGACUUUAAGAUAACACCAACGGAUGCUACAAAGGUGGUGUGUUUGCAUACCAGUGCUGGCAGUAUGGGUACUGCCAAAGAGUGUGGGAAGUAUGACUUCUUCGCGAAUAAUGGGUCUAAACAACCUGGGAUUAUUUUUGAUCAUAAUGGUUAUUAUAGUCACAUGAUGGCGUUGGCGUAUUGUAUAGAAUCAUUGAGUUCGCCAGCUUUUGUUGCGCAUGGUCCAUUAGGGUUUCCGACUACAAGAUUUGGAAAAAUGGCAAAAACUUCACCACCGGGAAAAUAUUACUUUAAAACAAACACAAAACCUCCAUAUGGACGAAAUUAAUAUCCGAGUAGUAAUAAUGUAUAUAAAUAAAUUUUAUUUCGGAAAUAAACAAAUAUGUGUGUGAUUUAACUAAUGGAUUGUUCUAAAAUCACACGUUAUGUUAUGUUCUUAGAAGCA